AUGUCACUUCCAUCCCUGAAGCAACAGAUUGUCCUGCCCCUCGAACAUCGUGCCCAGGAGCAAGAUGCACUCAAGCUACACAACUGGAGCCCACUGCGAGGGGUGGUACCCUAUUCCUGCUUCCUCCGCUCAGCCUACAGCUUUGUGUUGUCAUGCGUGCACAACAGGUCACCAAAUUUCUGCUUGAAGGGUGGGAGGAGCUCCUGUAACACCUGGGUGACUAUCACCCUGUCUUGCAAGCAAUCUUGUACAUCUUCAAAGGUUUACCAUUCUUAUGACAGCUCAACUUAUCCUCAAUCAACCUUUGAGUACAAUACAGAUGAUUCAGAGCUGGUGAUGACCAGGACAAGCCCCCUUCACCAGGAUGCAAUUCACAGUGUUGACGCUGCGGGUUGCAAAGGAAAUGGUGGACAUACAUUAGGCAUCCUCUGCAGUGACGGACACAUGCAAUUCAAGAUCCCAGAUCUUGUGACAUCAAUCCAUAUCAAUCCACCAUGCAAUGUGUACAUGUCUGAUGGAGAGGUUCACAAUACAAAUGUUGACAUCAUAGAGUUUGAGGCGUGUGUUUGUGAGACUAUGGAAGAUGUGUUUGAGAAGGUCAAGAACAAUUGCACUGAGGGAUUGGAAGACAGUCGAAAAGUGUACCAAAAAGUCAUUUGGAUCAUUAUCAACAUCAAUGAGAGUGCCUGCACCACUUUGGUGGUACCAAACUUCAAGAACAUGGACCAGAGUCUGCUGGACUACAAGUUUAUCCCCUCACCAGAUGAUGAAAGUCACAUCCUCUUCAGUGGUGUCUUGCACGGGCUUGAAAUCUUGCUCAGAAAGGUCUCUGCUGAGCUGUAUCUUUUCCACAGGGAUGAUGACCUCAACAAGCUUCAUGAGGGGGUCUGUAAUCAUUGGGGCCCAGAAGAGUAUAUUGGGAAGGGGCACGGUGUGUGUCUGCUGCCCAAGUACAAUGGGCAGGAUGAGCUGGCUGCUUUUUUGCCUAGAUGGGCUUACACUGCUGGCAUGUUCCAUGGCAUGGGCUUUGAAGAAUGGCAGAAGUUGUCUGAGUGCCCCACCCUCAAUGUUCUCCAUCAGGUGGAAGAUCCCCUUCAUGAAAUAAUUGAAGCUCAAGGUGCACAGCUCACUGCCGAGGCUCACCAUUGCCAGUGGUAUCUCAGGGGCAGCCAGAUGUUCCAAAGACCUCUGAGCUCAGUGAUGCCCGUCACGGAGUCCUGUACAAAGAUCUUGUACCCGCCAGUUAAGGAAGAAUGUGUUCACACACCUGAAGAGGCAGGUGGUGAUGAUACAAGGGGGAGAAGCGUGCAAUGGUCCACACAGGUUAUAAGACUGGAUUGGUCUCCGAAGGAAGGUGGACAAAAAAGGAAAGUGUGGCGUGAUGUGGACGAGAACAAUGCAUUUAACUGGGGGAAGGAGGACACUCAGAGUAGUGCAUAG